AUGGAAGUGGUCUUGCAUUAUCGACCACAUCAGAGAGAUCUAAUAAAACUGCAGAAAUUUGCAGAAGCAGCAGUGAAGGAGUUUCCCAUUCGUCAGUUACCAAGAUUUACACCCUGGUUUCCAAAUGAUUUAUACAGAUUUCCCCUCAAACCAAAAAAGCAGCCACCUGUUAUUUCUUGUGAGGAAGCAGAAGAAUUGAAACAACUUUCUACACCUUCGGAAUAUGUUACAGGAUCUCCUGAUUAUGACUGCACAAAAAAUCUCCUUGAGUUUCAGUCUAAUGUGAAACAUGGGCAGACUUUAAUUCAAGCACAAACUGUUCAGAGACCGAUUAACUUGGAGAAUCAAGGAGAACUACCAUCUAAUGGAAAACAAAAAUUGAAAAGGUCAUGGAGUGUCUCUCUCCCUAGCCCUAAGCUUAAAGAAAAAAUUCUUCCUUUAUCUCAAGAACUGCAGAAUAAUUUGGAAAGGCUAAACCUGCAUGCAUUUUAUAGAGCAAAGUGGACAAUCGAACAGUCUGUUUUGAUGAGGCUAACAAAACCUACUUUAUUCACUAAUAUUCCGGUGACUUGUGAAGAACGGGAUUUACCAGGUAAUCUGUUUAACCAGCUCAUGAAAGAUGAUCCUUCUACUGUAAAGGGAGCAGAAACUUUGAUGCUAGGAGAAAUGCUGACUUUGCCUCAAAAUUUUGGAAAUAUAUUUCUGGGAGAGACAUUUUCCAGUUACAUUAGUGUACACAAUGAUAGUAAUCAAGUUGUCAAGGACAUACUGGUGAAGGCUGAUCUUCAGACAAGUUCUCAGCGCUUGAACCUUUCAGCUUCUAGUGCUGCAGUGGCAGAACUUAAACCUGACUGUUGCAUUGAUGAUGUGAUCCAUCAUGAAGUAAAGGAGAUAGGAACACACAUCCUAGUUUGUGCAGUAAGCUACACUACUCAGACAGGAGAGAAGAUGUACUUCAGAAAGUUCUUCAAAUUUCAGGUUCUUAAACCACUAGAUGUGAAAACUAAAUUCUACAAUGCUGAGAGUGACCUCAGUUCUGUGACAGAUGAAGUAUUUCUGGAAGCUCAGAUUCAGAAUAUCACUACCUCUCCCAUGUUUAUGGAGAAGGUUUCCUUAGAGCCAUCUAUGAUGUACAAUGUUGCAGAACUGAACGCAGUUGACACAGCAGGGGAAGGUAUGUUCACAUUUGGGAUACUUGACUUUGAAACUCUUUGUAUUAUGAUUUCAUGA